AUGCAGGACGCCACGCCCGCCGCCCGCCUCUUCCUCCUGUCCCCCAUGGACGCCGCGGGCGAAGAGCGCCUGCGCCAAGUGCGCGCGCACAUCCGCUGCGCGUUCGGACCCGCUGGCCGCGGCCGCCGCACGAAGCGCGCGCUCGAGCUCUCAAGCGCCGCGCCGCCGCCGGCCAAGACGCCGCGCACGAAGCUGCGCCAGCGCAUCCACCAGGCGUCGCAGCUGAGCGCGGACCAGAUCUUCUCGCAGCACUUUGGCCGGCGCGACGCCAUUCGCUUGGACAGCAGCGACGUGGCGCUCUUGCGGCCCGCAGGCCGACGCGCGGGAGCGGCUGAAGCAGUAGCCGCCGCCGCCGCCGCUACGUCGGCUGAAGUAGUAGCAGCAGCAACGGCAGCUGCUGGGCGUCCGUGGGCCCGGCCGAGUGGGAUCCGCUCGCCGCGCAAAGCACUGGUCAAGAGAGGACGGAGCGGCGAGAGCAGUGACGAGCAGGCGCGUGUGCUGCGGAAGCUGCGGCUCGGAGGGGACGCGGUGGCGCAGCCGCGUGGAGAGCCUCGACGGGCGCUGGCGACGGCCGUUGCUCCAGUGCAGGCGGCGGCGUACGUGCCAUUCGCUUUAAAGUCGCCGAGCAAGUUCCAGUUCUCGUCGAGUGCCACGCGGCUGUUUACGCAGCGCCAGGCGCCUCUCCGGUAA